AUGCUUCAUCGUAUAACAAACCAAACACACAACCUCGUUCCCAGAACACCAAACCCUUCCCUUCUUCAUCUCAUUCUCUCCUCAAGCAUGGCAACUUCUUCCUCCCAUUCCGACCACCUUCCGCUCAAACCAAUCCCAGGAACCUACGGCCUCCCCUUCUUCGGACCCAUAAUCGACCGCCACGACUACUUCUACCACGAGGGCCGCGACAACUUCUUCGCUUCCCGAAUCCGCCGCUACAACUCCACCGUCAUCCGCACCAACAUGCCGCCGGGGCCCUUCAUCUCCUCCGACCCACGUGUCGUCGCGCUGUUGGACGGCGCCUCCUUCCCCAUCCUCUUCGACAACGACAGGGUCCAGAAGCUCAACGUCCUCGACGGCACCUUCAUGCCCUCCACCAAGUUCACCGGCAGCUUCCGUGUCUGCGCCUACCUCGACACAGCGGAGCCCAACCACACACUCAUCAAGCGGUUCUUCCUCCAAGCCCUCGCCCGGCGAAAAGAUGCCUUUGUUCCUCUCUUCCGAAACUGCCUCCAGGAGUCGUUCGCGGAGAUCGAAGACCAGCUGAGUAAGAACGCGAAAGCGGAUUUCAACGCUGUGUUCAGCGACGCAUCCUUCAACUUCAUCUUCAGGUUGUUCUGCGAUAACAAAGACCCUUCCCAAACCAACCUCGGUUCCAAGGGACCAAAGCUGGUGGACACGUGGCUUCUACUACAGCUGGCCCCAUUAGCGACGCUUGGCCUCCCCAAAAUCUUCAACUACAUCGAAGACUUUUUCAUCCGUACGCUCCCCUUCCCCGCGUGCCUCACAAAGUCCGGUUACAAUACUCUAUACGACGCCUUCAAAACGCACGCAACCACGCUCCUCGACGAGGCCCAAAGCCUGGGCCUCGACCCAAACGAGGCCUGCCACAACGUCGUUUUCGCCGCGGGCUUCAAUGCCUACGGCGGACUCAAGAACCAGUUCCCAUUCCUCCUCAAAUGGGUGGGCCUCGCCGGCGACAAGCUCCACGCGGACCUCGCGAGAGAAGUCCGGCGUGUGGUGAACGCCGCAGGAGGAGUCACGUUAAACGCGCUGGAAAACAUGCCGUUGGUGAAAUCCGUGGUGUACGAGGUUCUGCGGAUCGACCCUGCGGUGCCGUACCAGUACGCGCGUGCGAGGGAGGACUUGGUGGUGCGUAGCCACGACGCGUCGUUCGAGGUGAAGAAGGGUGAGAUGCUGUUCGGAUACCAGCCGUUCGCGACGAAGGAUCCUAGGAUCUUCGAUGAUGCGGAGGUUUUCGUGGCGCGUAGGUUUGUGGGGGAAGGGGAGAGGUUGCUGAAACACGUGCUUUGGUCGAAUGGAAAGGAAACAGAUGAGCCUUCGGAGAGUAAUAAGCAGUGUGCGGGGAAGAAUCUGGUGGUGCUGCUGUGCAGGUUGUUUCUGGUGGAUCUCUUCUUGCGUUACGACACGUUUGAGUUUGACUUUAAACAAGGUGGCUUUGGUCCUAGUAUUACCAUUAAGUCUCUCACCAAAGCUUCUACCUUGUUCUGA